GGCGUGGCUCAAACAGCGCAUGCGCGGGUGUCCCUAUUGGCUUACCGUAGUUGUUAUGCGAAAAGUGGAUGACGUACAAUUUGACAGGUCAUUGGCUUUAAAGAAGAAGCUAAAGGUGGACUGCCAGUGAUGCCCAGCACAGUGUUGUGUAGUGGAGGCCGGCUUGUCCGUUCCCGGCAGAUGUUAGCUGCCCUGAAGGUCUGCAGCGUCAGAACCUUCUCUACUGCAAACCCAGAUGAACCUUAUAUAGCUGUAUCACACGCAGACUCGGGCCCCAGGACCGUGUGGCCUGAUGAGAACAUGGGACCUUUUGGCCCUCAGGACCAACGCUUCCAGUUGCCGGGUAAUGUUGGCUUUGACAGCCACCUGGAGGGCGUGGAAGAAAAGAGGAAAACUAUCGGGGACCGCGUGGUUCCGGAUGUACUGACGGCGCCAUGCAGUGCAGAGAGACACCAGUUCAUACUGGCCCAGUUUGUCAAUGAGUUCCAGGGGAAACUGGGUCCCUUAUCUAAGCGGGUUCACAAAGCUGAACAGUAUUUUAAUCAAACGGACACGGAUUGUUCCAUCAAUUCCUGCCCGGAACUGUUAAGAAAAGACCUGGAGCUGUUGUUCCCGACGGCGCCCAACACGUCCAUCACCGUUGUAACAGUCUCGCAGAGAAGUGGUCGGCUGGAGGAGACGCAGCCAGACAAAGAGCAGCUGCUCAGCAGAUUUGUGAGCGGCGCAAAGGAGAUGUGUUUUGCCCUCUGGACCGCAGGCUACUGGGCCGACUUUAUUGACCCGGCAACAGGAGAAGCUUUCUUUGCGUCCCCAGUAAGUCCAAGUGCAAGACAAACGGGAGAAGAGGAGCCACGGCAUUCCGGAUUCCGUAUCGAGAUGUCGGGCACCUGCACGGUUAUCCGCCACAUUCUGAGAGGAACGCCUCUGUUUGUGGGGACUGUUUUCACCAACGCACCAACACACAGCGCCAUCAUCACGCGACUACAAGGACUUUCACCAGAAUUGGACGACGAGGUGGAAUAGCGGCAUUUUGGGUCCUCCCAUGUCAAUCCAGUCUCGGCCACAAAGCGUGUGUAUGUAUGUAUGUAUGUGUGUGUGUGUGUGUGGUUUGUUUUUGUGUAUCUAAAGUAAGCGUACCACACUGCAGCAACCUAGUAAAAGGAAGUGGACUGGACUGAACCAUGUCAGCACCCUCCCAAGUGCUGACCCUGGACAUGCGGCAACGCCCCGCAUCCGCACACCUGUACUGUGACAGUUAGCCUUUGAGCGGUCCUCACCAGAGGAUGUCUUAGCAGGUUCCAAUUCAUCACAUGGAACCUGCACUCAGGCAGCUCCAAUUGUUAGCAGUUUUAAAUAAUAUGAUCUCACUAAGUCAUCAUGGAUUCAGCUGCUGAACCAAUAAAGUGACUUCCUGUCAGGCUGCACUGAAAAAAAAAAACAUCUUCUGUAAUUUUGAUUUCUCACAAGAAGCCAGAAUAGCUACUUCUGAGUUAAAGUCCUGUGUCAGA